ACUCGGUGCGCCCUCCGCGGACCGGGCGACCCAGUGUGAGGCGAGAGCGUUACUCUCCGCCCGGCUAACCCCGCGCCGAGCCUCGCAGGCUCCGGCCGCGGCCGCACACCAAGCCACGCGUCGAGAGCGCAGGUCCAGACGACCCGCCGCACUGACAGCAUGAGCCGCACUGCCUACGCUGUAGGAGCCCUGCUUCUCCUCUUGGGGACGCUGCUGCCAGCUGCUGAAGGGAAAAAGAAGGGGUCGCAGGGUGCCAUUCCCCCGCCAGACAAGGCCCAGCAUAAUGACUCAGAGCAGACUCAGUCUCCCCAGCAGCCGGGCUCCAGGAACCGGGGGCGGGGCCAAGGGCGUGGCACUGCCAUGCCGGGGGAGGAGGUGCUGGAGUCCAGCCAGGAGGCCCUGCAUGUGACUGAGCGCAAAUACCUGAAGCGAGACUGGUGCAAAACCCAGCCCCUCAAGCAGACCAUCCACGAGGAGGGCUGUAACAGCCGCACCAUCAUCAACCGCUUCUGCUACGGCCAGUGCAACUCUUUCUACAUCCCCAGGCACAUCCGGAAGGAGGAAGGCUCCUUUCAGUCCUGCUCCUUCUGCAAGCCCAAGAAAUUUACCACCAUGAUGGUCACACUCAACUGUCCCGAAUUACAGCCACCCACCAAGAAGAAGAGAGUCACGCGAGUGAAGCAGUGUCGUUGCAUCUCCAUCGAUUUGGAUUAAGCCCGGACACCCUGCCUGUCCUAGGAACGCAGCCCCGGGCGGGCCCAGAGCCAGGCCUAGAACAGCUUGAUUCUAACUUGGCUUAAACCUAGAGAGAGGCAAGGAGGACCACCUGCUGUCUCCUGACAGGCGUCUGCUAGUGUGUAGUUUGUGUGCAUGAGUGUGCCUGGGUGCCUGUGGGUGCGUGCAGACACCAGAGGAAACACAGUCUCUGCUAGAGGGCACUUCCUGUUACCUAAAUGAACCUGCUUCCAAAGGGAACGGCACAGAAGGCCCACACCACCUGAGGCACAUUCAAGCGGGGAGGGCUGUGGUCCGGUUUCGCCUUUGUCUUCCAUGUGCCCUCCUGGGGACCAGAGUCUCCCUUCAGAAUGAAUGUUAACGAAAGAGGUGACUCUGAGGGCAAGAGACCUGUUUUAGUGCUGUCUUAGACGAGGGAAAGGUAUUUCAACCUGUGCUUGCUUCCACCCUUCCUCCUCCUUUCCAUGAUCCAUCCCUGCUUAGGAUCUCAGUGACUAUUUUAGUCUAAUCCCCUAUUUGCCAAGGGUUCUAAAUUAACUCACUUGAUCAUGGAUGUAAGUGUUUCCCAGUUUGAGAAGACCCUUCAGACUCGCAGGGAGGUUGGUAAGGCAGGGGCAAGAAGGAUGGAGGAGUGAGAGAAGUGAGGGACCGAGUGAGAGAAGUGAGGGACCGAGUGUGAGAACCAGUUGGGCCCAGCAAAAUUCAGUUGGGAAAUGUGCAGAGUCCUGGAAGGCCAACCCCAAAACACAGUGAGACCCAUGCUUCAGCAAGUUUUUCCUAAUAUUUAACCAGAACCCAAGCGAACGGAGGAGAAAUGAAAUUGUCAAAAAAAUUACUAAUUUUGGCCGUUGCUGUGAUCUGCUGAAAGUAACUGUGUCCCAAUACCAGAUUUAAAACGUGUAUUUUCAGAACCAAAUGAGUGAGGUAAACUCAAAGAGCCACUUCUUGCUUUGCCCCUCACGGGGACAAUAGAUGUAGUUCAGAACCCCCAAUGCAGGGAUAGGAAAAAAAUGAAAACCUUGUAAGUACAAAGUUCUAAUAGCUUUCUUUUGAUUUGGUUAUAAUCACUUCUUUCCCAGUUCAUUAUUUCUGUGUAAUGCUUCUGAGAGCCACAACCCUGUAUUAUAUAGAUGCUGCCUCUGCUUAAUGUACCUGACAAUAAAGAACCAGGCUAAGAUUAGGACCUGCUCCAUUUUAGCUAGAAGUUUGUUUUGGGUCUCUUUGUUUUAGCCAUUGGUAAGAGUUUGAGCUGGAGAGCAGAGGAGGGUAAGGAAAUAAAGGAGACUGCUUUUGGCUCACGAGUAGUUUAAUGUCCUCGAGGAGAGAUGUGAAGGGCCUUCUUUUGCUCUCUGAGGGUCUAGUAGGAAACCCCAGGUAAGAAAUCAGAGCAUUUGGGUUCCUUAGGUCUCUGUCUACUGCUGGGGCAUCCUGUAACAUUGUAGCUAUUCAGAACCUACUGGUAGAGGCUGUCCUCUGAUUAAACUUGGGCUACUUGCAAUACCUACGUAAGAUUUAUGUGAUGGCUAAAGUUCUACGUGGGUAAACCUUGCUGCAUUUUGGGUUUGGCUAACCUCUUCACUUCAAGCCUGAGGUUUUAUCUGUAAACUGCACCCCUCCCCCAACACUUUUUGCCUUGUCUCUUCUCAACCUCAUUAGCUGAGUCAUGUGCGACAUGGGAAACAAAACGCCAAAGACUUGGGUUUCAGUUGCCCAUCAAGGCUCCAGUAUUCACAGGACCAUUGCAACUAAAGAGGCUGUUUUUAUUUUAUUUUUGUUUUGGUUCAGUGUUCACCCAUCUAACAACUAAACAGGACCCAUACUUUGAGGCAGAAGUGAUUUCGAACACCCAAAAUAUUGGGUCUAAUUUUAAAACUUUUAAACUCACUACUGAUGAUCCUACACUAGGCAAAUCUGUGCAGACACAGAGUCUGCGCAUUUCGUAUACACUGUAUGCCCUUGCCCUACAUCUUUCUAUCGUCUACAUCCUCCAACAAUAAAGCACAGAAUGGAUUUAAUUAAGCACUCAAAUGUUAAGCCAGAAUUUUGAGGGUGGGGGAGAGGAAGAGAAAGGGGAAAGAGCUGGAAAUGUAAAACCACACUAGAGAGGAAAAAUGACAUUCAGAACAAGCAGACACUGAAUUUCUCUUGUUUUAACUCUGCCACAAGCAUGCAAUUGUGUUAAAAAGAUUUGACUUAAGUUGGCAGCAGUAAUCUCCUUUUAGUAGCUUGUACCACAGUCUUGCAUGUAAGUCGAAUUUGGCUUAAGUAAAGAGAAUUUCCUCGAAAUUAACUUCACUGGGAUAAUCAGCGUAACUGCCCUAAAAAACACAGCACUAGCCAAGGAGGAAAACGUCUGCUUUUCUUACUGUGCCUAUAUUAAGACUAGCACAAGUACAAUGUGCCUUCCAACAUUUAUUGAAAGUACCAUAUCUAUUACAUAUUGUAUUGGAAUCAUCGAUGAUGUAAUGAUAUGUUUUUUCAUUACUAUAGUAGAAUUUUUUUAAUGGCAAGAUAUUUGCUAUCUUGGUCUUUCCUAUUAAUGCCAAAUACCAAAUAUUAAUUUUAUGACGUACACUCUGUGCUUGGCAUUAAAUGAGAAAAACAUACAUCCUGCAAGUCUGUAAGUUGUUUUUUGUUAUUGUAGUUCUUCAAAGUUCAAAAUGUAAGCGAAAAAUCUGGAGGAAAGGAUAAUUUCCACUGUGUGGAAUGUGAAUAGUUAAACAAAAAGUUAUGGUUAUUUAAUGUAAUUAUUAAUUCAAAUCCUUUGGUCACUGUGAUUUCAAGCAUUUUUUUCUCCAUAUUUGACUUCCUUUGAGGUGAGCAAAGAAGAGGCUGGCACAUUAUAUGCUGUUGGAGGCUUUUAUCAGGUCAGAGGGAAACAGUAUAACCUUGACACAUCUGAACAUGCUUUACAGAGUCAAGACCCGAGCUUUUAUUAUUUUUUUGACUGAAUGUUCCUUAAAGGUUAACAUUUCUGAGGCAAUAUUAAGUGUAAUUUUAAAUAUUAUUUGGAAGACAUGACGUGUGUGUACAAACAAAUAGCAGAUAAUAAUGAAUAGUUCACAAGUCCUUUUAAGGAGAAAAUCUAAAAUGAAAAAUGUAUGUGCAGAACAUUUAUAAAUGACUAGUUAAUGCUUAAGAGUGAAAGUAGUUCUAUUGAUUUGUCAUUCUCAAGAUAUUUAAUAUCAACUGCAUUAUGUAUUAUAUCUGCUUUAAUCAUUUAAAAACAACAGAGGAUUAUAUAGAUUAUGAUUGAGGUACUUUGCUGUGUAUGAGGAUGAGGGGGAUUUGAUAGUCUUAUAAAAGCUAAUUUGGUUUAAUGCAAAGUUUUACGAAUCUGUAACGAGAAUUCAGUUUCUCUCAAAUUAUGUUCUAUAUAACCUUUCCCAAAGAGCAACCAAUAAAUUGAACCUCUUCUCUGUU